UAUUCUAACCUCAAAGAAAAUCGCCCCUUUAAGGUGGGAAGGGAAAUAAGUUUAGGUGGCAGUGUGGAAGGCGAAGACGAGAUAGGGCAUGGGCGACAGCACCUGAGCAAUUCACCUCUUUCUGCUUCUUCAUCAUCACCAUCAUCGUCAUCUCUUUAAUCAACAAUCGUAUCUGUAACUUCAACUACCCUUUCAUUCAACCAUGAAGCUGAAGGCGUCAGUGAAUCGACCUCCCACACCAGAUGUGAUCGAAAAUGCCCCUGAAAGGGAGCCCACGCUUCAAGAGCUCAUCAAUAUCAAGUUGAUCGAGACCGGAGAGAAGGAGCGUCUCAUGGAGCUUUUGAGGGAAAGGCUUGUUGACUGUGGUUGGAAGGAUGAAAUGAAAGCUCUUUGCAGAGCCGUUGUGAAGAAGAAAGGGAGGAAUAAUGUUACUGUGGAUGAACUUGUACAUGUCAUUACUCCAAAGGGCCGAGCCUCCGUUCCUGAUACCAUAAAGGCUGAGUUGUUGCAGAGGAUUCGCACAUUUCUUGUGUCUGCUGCUCUCUAAUCUAUUCAAGGUGUGGUUGGUGUUAAACCUCACUAAUAUGUUGUAAAGAUUAUGGGUGGAACUAGUAAGAACUGCACACACUUGUACUAGGUUUUUUCUGGAAAGUAUAUGAAUAUGUCUUGUAAAAGCAUGAUUAUUUCACUCCUUGCAAUAUAAAUUUGAAAAAUAAUUUUUUAUCCAAAA